GGCAGUCAGGAUGUAUGUUAUGUCAAUGAGAAAGUCGGUUAGACAAACGUCGGCACAUUUGCCACCCUCCAGGACUCAAAAGUGACAUGGCGUCUUGUAGCAUGAUAAGUUUUUGCAACUGGAGUCAUUUUAAUUCAAGUUUAUACCGUCAUUUUGGUAAAAGUCGUGUGGUAGUUUGGAGAACGUCACUUCAUCAAGCAUGUUUCGCACGUUUCAAUACAAGGCAGACUUCGCCGAUAGAAAGUUCUUUCGUACUUUCCAGGCAUUUUUCUACACUAAAUAAGCAUUCUCUGCGUUUCGUUCGUCGAGGAGAACGUGAAGGAGUGUUAAUCAUAAAUAACUGCGGCUUGCAUUUCUCAAGGACGUGUUUACUAGAGAAUGCUGUCAACGUGACGCAACAAACUAAUCAAGAUCUGAACACAGAAAUUAGGAAAGUUAAAGAAAGCGCGGAAAAUGUUUCAUUCGACGAAAACUCCUCAGGAGAAGAGGAGAAGAUUCGAAUCAGUCUAGAUGACGCGUCUAUGCGCACGAAUUGUAGCGAAUUAAAUGACCUUUCCGUUGCGGAUACGGAGCCUUCAUGUGAGGAGACUUGUUCAAAUGAAGACAGUUCUUCCCAAACUUCUGUUCCUCUUACAGCAGAAAUGCUGGAAAAAUUCUUGAUGAAUUUCUUUCGUAACAAGCAGGUUAAAAAGGCUGCUCGUGAAAAUGGUUUAUCAAAUACUUUAUUCAAAGAGAUUUUUCUAGAUUUCAAAAAUAAAAUAAAUUUGCAAGUGGAAGAUGGGAACAAAGAGAUGCUUGAAGUGUUUAGUUCAUUGUAUUAUAAUGCAGAUUACAUGCAACAGCUCUUUCCAUUGUUCAUGAAAUUUGCUCAGAAAGUACAUCCCAUGCUGAAAAGUUUGGAGGAGGUGAAAAAGAUAUCAGACUUACGUGGACCUGCUGAUUUGUUUCCUGAAGCCAGAGCAAUGAAAAGGAAAAUCAUUUUUCAUGCCGGUCCAACAAACAGUGGCAAGACUCAUGCCGCUAUUGAGAGAUUUCAUACAGCCAACUCUGGAGUCUACUGUGGUCCACUACGGCUCUUAGCAGCAGAAGUGUUCAAGAGAGCAAAUCAUGCUGGAGUGCCAUGUGACCUGGUGACGGGUGAGGACAGACAGUGGGCAGUGUCACCAGAUGACCCCUCUGAUCAUAUUUCAUGUACUGUUGAGAUGUGUUCCUCUCAAAGACCUUUUGAUUGUGCGGUGAUAGAUGAAAUUCAGAUGAUGAGAGACACAGAUCGAGGCUGGGCCUGGUCAAGAGCUCUUCUAGGUCUGCCAUGCCCAGAAAUACACGUUUGUGGAGAAAGUUCUGCCAUAAAUUUAGUGGAAAGAUUAGUGUCUUCGUGCAAUGAUGAAUUAGAGGUGCGUCAUUAUGAGAGACUAUGCCCUUUAGAAGUCAGCCAACGUAGUCUUGGAGGAAAUUUCCAAAAAAUCCGAGCUGGAGAUUGUGUUGUUGCGUUUUCUCAGUGGGAUUUGUACCAAGUGAGGAGGAAAAUUGAAAGUCAAACAAACAAGAAGUGUGCCAUCAUUUAUGGAGGCCUCCCACCUGUUACAAAAUUGGAGCAAGCAAUGAAGUUUAAUGAUCCAGAAGAUGAGUGCUCUGUGCUUGUAGCCUCGGAUGCCAUUGGAAUGGGGCUGAACUUAAACAUUAAAAGAAUUGUGUUCAGUUCGCUUUUGAAAUAUAAUGGCAAUAACAUGGUGCAGCUAACUUCCUCUCAAGUGAAACAGAUCGCAGGUCGUGCCGGCAGAUUUGGCUCGGCUCAUUCCAAGGGAGAAGUUACCACGGUCAGGGGACACGACUCCAAAACUCUUCAAAGGCUGAUGGAAGAACCUAUAAAAGAUGUGAAGGCGGCCGGGUUAUCCCCCAGUAUGGAACAAAUUGAAAUGCUCGCUCAACAUCUACCGGAUGCAAGUCUCUUGAAGUUAUACGAAACGUUUGAAAGCGUGGUUCAACUGGAUGGUGCAAACUACUUCAUGUGCGACCUCGCAGAUGUCAAGAUUUUAGCAAGAAAACUAGGAGGAAUUCCUUUGUCGAUAAGUGAUCAAUUUGUAUUCAGCAGAGCGCCAAUCAGUGUGAAAAAAUCGGUCGCCGUAGAUCUCGCUGUAAAGUUUGCAGAAUGUGUGAGUGCAGAUUCCCCGAUAACAGCUUCAAAGCUCGAAACGUUUUUAAAAUGGCCGCCCCAAGCUCCCAGGACGCUGGAACAACUAAAGAAUUUAGAGACGUUACAUGAAGGACUUGAUCUAUAUCUUUGGCUCAGUUACCGUUAUCCUCAAAUAUUUGUAGAUCAGCAAAAUGUAUGCAACAUGCAGGAUGACGUAGAAGCUAUUAUUGGUGAUACAGUGUCGUCCAGUUCAUUCGGUGGAUCCUCGAUCAGCUUGCCGUCACGAAGAAGACGUUCGAAAGCAAGGUUCGGCGAUAAAAACCUGAUAAAGUGGAUGAGUUAUCACAAAUUUUGAGAGGCUCUACAGUUAAAAUAACAAGAGUUUCGUCGCCUGCACACAAGUUCUAAAAUCUUGAAGAAGUACUUCCCACGCUCACGCUUCCUCUCUCCAAAAGGGAGAGUUCACCAAAAUUAAAGACCAAGAUUUGACUCAAGAUGUACGUCGUCGAAUUGUCGUGUCAGCUGGGCCAGUUCUCUUAUGGUCUACGUGUGCUGUGAAAUCGUAAUUUUUAGAUGGGUUUCCAGAUAUUUGGAACUUCUGUGUUACGCACCUUCCAACAGCUCUACAUAAAAACUUUAUUGUGUGGAAUGUUGAUUUUUCAGAGUUAAAUGUGACUUCAUGAAUAAACAAGUUUGUAAGAAGCCGACAAUUUUCAGUUUCCAUAAUAAUUUGUAUCUUUUGUUUUAAUUUUCCGUGAAUGAAUACUCUAACAA